AUGGCAAGUGGUGGAACGGGCAGCAAACUCACAAGACUCAUAAUCAUCUUGGCUGGAGUAGCGUCAUUGCUUGCUACUCUCAUAUCGUUGGUAUCAAUAUGGCUACAAUCCAAGAAUUACCGGAAGCCUUUGCUGCAACGAUAUGUCAUUCGAAUCCUGCUCAUGGUUCCCAUCUACUCCGCGGCCUCAUGGGCUUCGAUCAUGUCUCUGAAGGCGGCAUUCUAUCUCGAUCCUCUUCGUGAUAUAUACGAAGCCUUCACAAUAUACACUUUUCUCCAACUCCUCGUCAACUUCCUCGGCGGCGAACGAUCCCUCAUCAUCAUGAUGCAUGGGCGAGCUCCUGUAUCUCACCCGUGGCCCAUAAGUCUGUGGUGUGGCAAGAUGGACAUUUCGGAUCCACAUACCUUUCUCUUGAUCAAGAGAGGUAUUCUGCAGUAUGCGUGGCUCAAACCUGUCCUUAGUGUUGCCACCAUCAUCCUCAAGCUCACAGGAACAUACGAAGAAGGCUACAUCUCCUUGACCUCGGGCUACUUUUGGACGGGCCUCCUCUACAAUGUCAGCGUGACCAUGAGCUUGUAUUUCCUGGCCAUGUUCUGGGUCUGUAUGCAUGAGGAUCUUAAACCAUUCCGACCUAUGCCAAAGUUCCUAUGCAUCAAACUCAUCAUCUUCGCUUCAUACUGGCAAGGAUUCUUCCUAUCUAUACUACAAUUCCUUGGGGCUAUCCCCAAUGACGUCCCAGGCUACACCCCGGACAACCUUGCUGCAGCCAUUCAAGACGCCUUGAUCUGCUUUGAAAUGCCCAUAUUUGCCGUGGCGCACUGGUAUGCCUUCUCUUGGCAUGACUACGCCGAUGUCACCAUCUCGGCAGCUCGUAUGCCCGUCAAGUACGCACUAAGAGAUGCCUUUGGUCUCAAGGACCUGAUUCAAGACACAAAGGAGACUUUCAGAGGAAAGGAUUACGACUAUCGAACGUUUGACUCUGGGGACAAUGUUAUUGCUCACGAGGAGUCGCACUCGCGUGUUGCAAGGAUGAUGGACGGCAUGAGGUAUGAAAGGGGAGGAAAGGGCAAGUAUUGGAUUCCAAAGCCCCAAAGGCCAAACAGUCGGACACCCCUGUUGCCAAAGGACGGAUCGUCUCGGGCCCCGGCGCCAGAAGCUCGAGGCAAGGCUCAUGAAUACCGAGCAACAGAGCCAGAUUUUGAAAUCGGUAUUGAUGCUGAAGACGAGAGAUUAUUUACUAAUGCGCGGGCUCUGGAAUUUGGAGAUUGGAACUAUCCGGUCAUCACCGCCCACGAAGCACGACGCGAAGAUUGGUUGCGCCGUGAUCCCAACUUGCUAACCACCUCCACAAAUCGGAACCUCUUUCAGCCAACUCGGGAUCGGAAGAGCCGCCGUCAGAGUGAAAUCCAGGACAGCAUCCGAAAAGGCAAAACCCGGAGCACGUCACCUUCGGAAAGCUCCUCACACCAAGGUGCCGUUGAAGCGAAGUUGAGACGUCCAAAAGAGCGUUCACCCUCGGCUUCUGGAAAGUCCGACCGCAGCCAACUUGUAGAUCUCGUUGUCGAAGACUCAGAAGCAGAGGAAGCAGAGCGCGUCAGAGCUCGCAAGGAAGGCAGUGACGCCUGGAAUCGAAAGCCUCAGCGGCAUUUCGUACGCACCUACAGCAUCGACGAGGAGGCUCCAGAAGGACAGGAGAUACGAGAAGGUUGGGACCCGGCUAGCGUGGCUCCGAGGCCGCCAGCCCCUGAGAGGGCAGCGAGUGACGACGAGAACAAUUUUAUCGACAAAGGGGACGAGGAAGAGCGCUGGACGGAGCGUGGCGAAGGCCAGUACGCCAACAUGAUUGAAGAAGACAAUGUGUGGAGUCGGAGUUGA